GAGACAAACACAGGCUUGUGUUCUGUAUUAAAAUGCUUUUCAGUCUGUGCGUGAGUACAUGCAGAAGCAUUCAAAAUUUAGCUUUGUGGGAACGCGGGGUUUAAGGAUGGAAAUGCAAAAACUCUUGAGAGGAAUGAAUGUUUCAUCCUGAAUAACAAGGGGUCUGUAAACAGCAUAUUUUACUGUAAAUAUGUAAAUACAACAUUAAGCUGUUGUGAAUCAAUUGUUUGCUGGGCUUUUAUACAGUAUUUUUGAUAUCCUCUCAAUAACCAAAAGACUUAUGUAAGUGGAUUGCUGGAAUCAAUAACUCUGAGCAUUUGUAAUACUUGUGGAAUGUCAUUACAGAAUUUGUAUUGCUUACAGAUUUAAAGAGAAAAAACUAAUGUCCAGGUAAAUUACCUUUUUAGAGGUUAUAGACUUUGGCUAGACCUGAGAACUUCAAAUUAGACAAUUAACCUGUUGCAACGUAACUGUUCCUCUGUGGACAUAUGUACCUGUGACAAACGUAAAUGACUCAAAGCAAGGAAUUUUCAUCAUGUUACAUGGAGUCUGAUUCUACAGAAUGCCUUUGAAGUUGUGACUUAAUGUAAUCUGGUUGCCAAGAAACCGUUUUGCUAGGUGGGCUAAAUUUCCCAUUAGAGGGGACAAGAGCAUAAAAUGGCAAAAAACAGAGCCUCUGGAAAAAGAUAUUACAGAAAAUCUUAAGAGGAACAUUUUAGUUUAGACUUUAGUAAAGGAAUAAAUUCUCUAUUGCUUCACAUUUAUUACAAAACAUCUAAAAAUAUCUGUGGCUAGUAUGGACAGAAAGAGUAAAGCUAGAAAAGAAAGGAAAGGGAAAGAAGAAAAGAAAACUCACAUCAUCCGAGAACACUUUAAACUAUAUGUUAUGAAUAAAUAUAAAACUACUACUAUCUGAAUUGUGACUGAAAACUUUGUAGGCUAUUGGCAAUUCUCAUGUAAAUGUAAAACAAAAAGAUGAUUUUGUACUUUAAUUCACAGGAAUGUUUGCUAACAACAGUUAUUAAAAUGCCAUAAGUACAUAAAAUCUUUCAGAUAUAUUAUAUAAGGCAGGGCAGAAGCCUUACAAUUUGAAUUUAUAGAUUUCUACAAUUCAUUAGGCUGUUCAGAUAACACAGGGAGCUCCGUUGCCUUGCGUAAAGCACACGCCGUCCAAUCCAUUGAGACGUGGCUGUAUAAAAACUGUGGCUGUCUGUGUCAGCUACACAUGAACGACCGAUCACACACAUACUUUAGUAUUACGACGCAUAAUUAUAAUGGUGACCCGUUGAAAUUUUGAGUACAUGUCGUUAUUGAAAUGUAUGCGCAAAGACAAAUUCGUUCAUAAAAAGUAUGAUUGCAAAGACAGGCUGGGGACAAUGUUGGUCCUUUAAAACUACGAACGGCUGGUGCUGUCUCCGACAAGAGGUUUUGGCAGCUAAUUUAAAGAGGAUGGACAUAUUUGACUGAACUCCAGCAAUGCAGAAGACUUCGGACAUGCACGACGAGCGCACCGAGUACGCGCCUGGAAGCAUCCUGUUAGGUGAUUUUAACGCGAGCUUUAUUAACAAGACUAAUGUCUCGUGGGGUGACUUUCAGGAUUUGGAUAAACCCGAUUUUGUGGGUGACGGGUCCGCGCUCUUGAGAAUAAUAAUCUCCAUCAUUUACUCGGUCGUUUGCGCGCUGGGUUUAAUUGGAAACAUACUCGUCCUAUAUCUCAUGAAGUCCAAACACGCAUGGAAGAAGUCGUCCAUCAAUCUCUUCGUGACCAGCCUGGCGGUGACCGACUUUCAGUUUGUUUUGACACUUCCUUUUUGGGCUGUGGAAAACGCCAUGGAUUUCACUUGGCUGUUUGGUAAGGCGAUGUGCAAGAUAGUUUCGUAUGUCACGGCCACGAACAUGUACGCUAGUGUGUUUUUCCUUACAGCCAUGAGCGUGGCGCGGUACUGCUCCGUGGCUUCUGCGCUGAAAAGCAGGAGACGUCGAAUGCGUUUAUCUGCGCGCUGGAUGAGCGUCAUAAUCUGGAUAGCUGCGAUCGGUGCCGCGCUGCCAAAUGCGAUAUUUUCAACGACGGCUACGGUGUCAAACGAGCAACUGUGCCUGGUGAAAUUUCCCGACCGGAGCGGAGACGUGCAGUUUUGGCUUGGUUUGUACCACGCGCAAAAAGUACUUCUGGGGUUUCUAAUUCCCCUCGGAAUAAUAACCAUCUGCUACCUGCUCCUUUUGCGCUUUAUAACCAACAAAAACGUGAAUACCUCCAGCGCAAAGAGGCGAUCCAAAGUGACCAAAUCUGUGACUAUUGUCGUUUUAUCUUUUUUCCUCUGCUGGUUGCCAAACCAGGCGUUAACGGCGUGGGGCAUCCUAAUAAAACUUAACGUGGUGCACUUUAGUUACGAGUAUUACACCACGCAAGUGUAUAUUUUUCCGGUGACGGUCUGUUUAGCGCAUUCAAACAGCUGUCUCAAUCCUAUUCUGUAUUGCUUAAUGAGGAGGGAGUUCAGGAAGGCUUUGAAAAAGCUGUUUUGGCAGAUCACAUCGCCUUCUGUCACCAACAUGAGGCCGUUUACUGCCUCCACGAAGCCCGAACAGGAUGAACAGGGUCCGGCGUUGGUUCCGCUAGGUCCCACGGAGCCUGCCCUUAUUUUCUAUCCUCCGGGGGUUGUGAUGUAUAACGGCAGAAACGACCUUCUGCCCAACAGCACAUAG